AUGGAAUAAAUAUUUUAGAAAUUGGAAGAAUUCAAGUCAGGGAAAUCCAAGUUUACUUUAAUCAUAAGGGAUUUAGUUGAAAACAGCUUCAUCCAAAAUCCCUUCUAUCCAAAUGAGGACAAUUAAGUUAAAAUCACUCUCUUUAACAGAACUCCAGAAGACAAUGAUGAAUUAGGAAUAGAUACAAUGAAGACCGAAAAUUAUCAGAAUUGAUCAAAAAUUUAUUAUUUAUUUUAAUGACUAUUUCAUAAGAAAAAACAAUCAUUUAAAAA